UUGCGAAUGAGGCGCGCACCAAGUGCCGAUACUGCCGCUCCAGCCCGAAUCCGUGCGCAAGACUUUGACAGCCCCGUAAGUUUUUUGAUGGUACAGGUGACCGUUGCCGGGAUGUUUCCUUCUAUGUAAACCAGUUACACAAUUUCGCAAAGAGCCUUUUCGUGGCGAGUGCAAUAUUUUGGGUGUUAUUGGAAAGUUGGGGACUCAGUUUUUCACUGGUGUUGGUAAACAUUUGGAGAAUUAUGAGUGAUAUUUGUUUGUGUUUGUGCAUGUCGCCAAUUUGAAAUAGUGCCAAUUUCUAGUGUGGGAAAAUAGUUUUUGUGAGUGGAAGGAUUUUGACGUACCCAGCCGGAAUGGAUUUCAAGCACUUGGUUUAUAUCGUCACACUUAUUGUUCAAGGUGGGAUGUCCUUGCACCUGGUGGAGCUCAGGAUACCGAGUCACUCUGUCAGGGAUCAGAGUGCCAAACUGGAGUGCCACUUCGAUUUGGAUGGAGAGACACUGUACAGCGUCAAGUGGUACAAAGAUGGCAAUGAAUUUUAUCGGUAUGUCCCCCGAGACAUGCCGCCCACACAGGCCUUUCCACUACCAGGAGUUACCGUAGACAUGCAUAAUUCCACGGAGAACGUGGUGGUUCUGUCCUCGGUGCAACUUUCCUCGACGGGGAUGUACAGGUGCGAGGUUUCCGGGGAGGCCCCUUUCUUUGAAACUGUCACUGAUCAUCAACACAUGAUGGUUGUUGCACUUCCGGAGGAGGGCCCCAAGAUAUCAGGUGGACGGCCUCGCUAUCAGGUCGGCGAUACCGUCCGCGUGAAAUGUACAUCGGGAAGGUCCAAACCGGCCGCGCAGCUCAACUGGAUGAUCAACGGGGAACCGGCUGACCCCAGCUUCCUGAGAGGACCACAAACUAUAAUGGCAGGUCGAGAAGGAUUGGAAACGUCCGAAUUGGGCUUAGAGUUCCGCGUGAGACCCAAGCACUUCAAGCGCGGCAACAUGAAGCUGAAAUGCCUGGCCACCAUCGCCACCCUCUACCUAGUCAGCAACGAAGAAAGCGUCGAAGGCGAGAGGCCGCAAAAGGCGUCCGUCCUUGAGAGUCGCGGCACGGCAGCCCCGUCUGGCUCCCGGGCGGAUAGGGUUCAAGCCGCCGGCAGCCGACAGGCCUUCCUGCCGCACGUGUCACUGGUUACUCUCUGCUGUCUGGGGUAUGCGCUUCUCCUAGCGUCUUCCAGAUAAUUCUUCUGCCAUUCGUAACGAUGAAGCAUCGUUAGAGCAAGCCAAAGACAUUUAAUGUGAGUGAUAUUAAUUAUUCGCAGCUUUGUACAUUCCCUUUGUAUAAUUCAGUUGUCGUAUUUCCUUUUAAAAUGUGGUUUCAUAUGGCACUAACUUUAUUUCCAUUGUUACUCUACCUGCGAAGCGAAUUUGUCUCCGAAUUACCUGAAAAUAUCGAAGGAAUUUAAUGAGCAGGAACUUAUUACCGAGGCCCAGAUGUAUCUCUUCUAAAUUUUUUGUAGGGAUUCUUAAAUGUUGUACAAAUAUUCAGACACGUUCAUUAAAUGUACAGAAACAAUAUUAUCUCUUGUUACAGGUUCGUUCAGGAUUGAUUGGCCAAAUGUAAAUCUUUAAAAUAAGAAAAAAUUCGAUUAAGGAAUGUUAACAAAUGUUUAAUUUUCUAGAUGCAGUGAUGAAAUUUUAAUCUGAAGGUGUUUAAUGUAGAAUGAUGGAACUCGGUACACUACGUCAGACAUCUUAGAAAAUGAUACAUUUUCUCAAAUUUCCACAUCUUGUAUUUGGAAAAUGACACAUUUCUGAAAUUUCAGUUGCAAUCAAUUAAUCCCGAAACAUCCUGUACAAUAUUCCAUAAACAACUUAUGAGUUUGAAGAGGAUCUUUCUUUAGUGUUUCGCAAGUUUUAAUGGAUGUUUAAAAGUAGAGUAUUAACAUUACCUCUUGUAAUUAAAGUUUAAUAAAUAGGCUUUUAAAGUCGUGCUACUAAAAAUAUUAAAACUACAUGAAGUGUUAGAAUGCAGUUACUUUCAUUAAAAAUUUAUACCUGCGCGGAUUUUUAGACUGUCAAAGUUUUGUUAGUUUGUGCUAGAUUGAUAAUUAAGAGCAACCUUCAAUUUUUACGUGCUUGACAGAACUGACAUUGAAAUAAAAUUCCCGUGGUCUUCACCACAGCCUAUCACUUAACUCAUAAACUUCUGCAUAUUGAAAAAUAUAAUGUAGGGGAAUUUUAUUAUUCCCCCGAUUUUCUUCAUUUCCUUUUCAAUAGGUGGCCAACAAAUCGCCGUGCUUGGCCAUCUCGGACCCUUUAUAUGAAUAAAAUAAAUUGUGAAGAUCUAUUACUGUCUUAAGAUCCGAGAUAUAAAGGACUUAAGGCAACCGAACAACUGUCAAUAAGCGAUAUAUUUUGUCGCAAAAUACUGGCAACUCAGCCUUUCUACUAAAUCAGCAGACCUGUAAUAUUUUAUGUUCGGAACCUUUCCCAGCUUAUAUGUAUCAUUUGUUAUUUUACCGUUAAAAGUUAGGUUCCUAUCUACUACUAAAGACAAAUUCGCUUCGCACACAUUUCAGCCAUGUACAUAUCUACAUCUUUCAAUAUUAAAAACAAUCAUAUUUACUAGUCGUCAUUCUUUUUAAGGCAGAUAAAUGUAUUUUCAAUCUAAGUGAUGUAAUUGUAUACCUAGUAUAACAUUUUAUUAGCUUAGUUCUCAAUUAUUAUCAGUUCGAGAUUGAUAGUGUAUAUAUUUUCAAGAGUACUUCGUAUAAUGGUCUUCCAAUUAAAUCUCCCUUAAUUGCAUAUCUUGCUUUAUAACAAAUAAUCCCAUUGCACAAGUUGAUUUUAGUUCUCAAAUCAGUGAAACAUGAAAAGUUUUGUUUGUUUUCAUGAUUAAUAUCCCUUGCUGGUCAUUAUUAAAGUUUCAAUCGACAAUUUAAAAUGUGAGUUAUCAUACAUAUCAUCGAUAUAUGAGCUAUCAAAUCAUAUUUCUCAUUGUUACAAGAUGUUAUUGUGUCGUAUAUUGCGUAAUUUAUAUUAUAGAUUUGAAUAUUUAUUAAAUUAUUAUACAGUGAUUCAUAAACAGUGACAAAAAAUGAAACCUCGUAUUCUUUCGUA